UUGCUCCUGCUGCCUCUUCACCACUUUACUGCAAGGAUUUGCUGCCUGAACCUUGCAGGAACCGGCUAAAGUGCUGCCUAUGGCUCCAUCCAUCCACUAGAGCUGAAUUCAGAGGUCCAGUAUGAAUGUUGGCGUUCCCCCCCUGCGCCCAGCCGAACUGAACUGAACCUGUACAUGCACAGUACUGGGGACAGCGCACACAAAAUCCCUGAACACAGUCUAAGCAACUGUUGGAAUGUUUGAGUGACGGGAAGAGAAGGCAUCCCGCGAGCAAGUCCGCCUUGGCCUAAAGGCCGUACGCCUCCCUUCCCCCCCUUUCCCCGUCAGACCAUCUGUCCUUAAAACAAGCAUGCAGGUCAGCUGUUAAGGGAUGGAGGAAGCUAGUUUGUGCCUUGGAGUUUCAUCAGCUGUGCCUGACGUUGACACUCACCUCAACAACUCUCUGCUGAAUGGCCAGUAUUCAAUGAGUCAGAAGCUACACCAGAUAACUUCCCAGCUCAGCCACGCCUUCCCAGAGCUGCAGAACCGCCAGAAAUCUGACGACAAGUCUGUGACACCCAUAGAGGAGAAAAGUCAUGUGUCCAUGACCAGUCAACCCAUCAGCAACCAGAUGGCCUUAUUGGCCAACCAACUUAAUCGGGAAGUUGAUAGUGGUCUUAAUGGAAGAGUGGAUCUGCAACAGUUUCUCAAUGGACAGAACCUUGGUAUCAUGUCCCAGAUGAGUGACAUUGAGGACGACGCAAGGAAAAAUAGAAAGUACCCUUGUCCACUUUGCGGCAAACGUUUCCGUUUUAAUAGCAUAUUGUCACUUCACAUGCGUACUCACACUGGGGAAAAGCCUUUUAAGUGCCCCUAUUGUGACCACCGGGCAGCCCAGAAAGGUAACUUGAAGAUCCACCUACGUACUCACAAACUUGGAAAUCUUGGCAAAGGCCGAGGAAGAGUCAGAGAAGAAAAUCGACUUUUGCAUGAGCUAGAGGAAAGAGCAAUAUUACGGGACAAACAGAUGAAAAGCAGCCUUCUUCAGCCUCGGCUCGAUAUGAAGCCACAACAACAGCACUUACAGCAAUCCCCCUUACCUAACUCUCACAUAUCAGUGCCAGCGAAUCAUAGCACUUCUGACAUUUCCAGCAAAGUGCCAUCUCCGAAACCCCCGGUUGUUCAGGAGGAAGCAAUUGCACCCACCACGGGAUUCAGGUGCACAUUCUGCAAAGGUAAAUUUAAAAAACGAGAGGAACUGGAUAGGCAUAUCCGAAUAUUGCACAAGCCUUACAAGUGCACUCUUUGUGAUUUUGCUGCCUCUCAGGAGGAAGAGUUGAUUAGUCAUGUAGAGAAGGCCCAUAUCACGGCAGAGUCCGUUCAAGGCCAGGGCUCCAGUGGCAAUGGAGAGCAGGCAGCCAAUGAAUUCCGCUGCGAAGUUUGUGGUCAAGUCUUUAGCCAAGCAUGGUUCUUAAAGGGCCACAUGAGAAAGCACAAGGAUUCAUUUGAGCAUUGCUGCCAGAUAUGUGGAAGGCGCUUCAAAGAGCCUUGGUUUUUGAAAAACCACAUGAAGGUUCACCUAAACAAACUGUCUGUCAAGAACAAAUCCGCCAAUGAAGCAGAGGUUCCAGGCUCCAUUAAUAGCCUUUCACAGGAGACUCACACCAAUCUUUACUCCAGAUAUAUAUCCUGCUUGCAAAGUGGCUUUAUGCCUGCUGAUAAAGCAAGUUUGAGUGAACAUGGCCAUGUUUAUAACAAAUCUGAUUUGAAAGAGAAGGAAGUCCUUGGUAAACUUCUGUCACCAAUCACAGGCUUGGCUCAUAACAUGUCUGAAAGUGAAAAGCAUUCUUUGCUUGGUUCUCUCAAUUUGGUGCCUCCACUGAAAUCUAGUUGCAUAGAAAGGUUGCAGGCUGCAGCCAAAGCAGCUGAGAUGGAUCCAGUCAACAGCUACCAAGCUUGGCAACUUAUGGCAAGAGGGAUGGCGAUGGAGCACAGCUACCUGUCUAAAGAACAGCAGAUUCAACGUAACCAUGAAGACAGUUUAAGCAGUCCUGGGGUUCUGUUUGAUAAAGAAAAAAGAGAGUAUAUAAUUGUUGGACCUGAUGGUUCCAAGCAGAAAAUGUCUACUGAUAUGGUUCACAGUUCUAAAAUGUGUAAUCAGAGAGAUGUGCCAUCUAAACUUGACCUCCUUGAAAGCACAAGAGAUUUCUUGUCCCACGGUCUAAACCAGGGGCUUGAAUACAACCUGCAAAACCACGGAACCCUGAAAGAUAAACCAACUGAAUGUCCAGAUUGUGGUAGGGUCUUUAGAACCUACCACCAAGUUGUGGUGCACUCGAGGGUCCACAAAAGAGACAGGAAGGCAGAAGAGGAGGCACUUCGCAUGAGCCUAGAGGAGCGGCGAGGAUCAGGGAGCGACCAGGAAUCUCAGUCUAUGAGUCGGUCCACCACACCCGGGUCUUCGAACAUCACGGAAGAGAGUGGAAACGGUGGUGCCCUGUCCCAGACUGGAAGCGCGCAGGAAGACAGUCCUCAUCCAUCAUCUCCUUCAUCUUCAGAUAUGGGGGACGACACUGGAAGAUGCAUGGGAGCUCAGCAGCAAGCUAUGAUGAGGGAUAGGAACCUUGGCACAGCCAUGAAGGACUGCCCCUACUGUGGAAAAACCUUUAGGACUUCCCACCACCUAAAGGUGCAUUUGAGGAUUCACACAGGUGAGAAGCCUUACAAGUGUCCCCAUUGUGACUACGCUGGCACCCAAUCAGCAUCUCUGAAGUACCACCUGGAGCGCCACCAUCGAGAAAGGCAGAAUGGCUCCGGCCCUAUUACUAGUCAUGGGCAUACUCCGGGACAGGAGCACAAGGAUGAAACGGCCAGCAAGAGUUCUCUCUUUAUGAGGCCUGAUAUUUUGCGAGGAGCGUUUAAAAGCAUCCCUGGAAUAGAUUUCCGAAGUGGUGUAAUGUCCCAGCAGUGGCAGUCGGGGCUGAUGUCUUCUGGGGAUCGUCAGGGACAGUCAAGUGGCAUUGGUUCUGAGGUUUCUUCAGAAGCUUUGAAAAAAUCAGAGAUCUCUAAAGCAGCAAAUAUUGCAGACUUUGGAAGAGCAUAUCAGAACAUUGUAGGAAAUGGUGUUAACUUCCAGGGCUCUUUGCAGGCCUUCAUGGACAACUUUGUUUUAAGUUCUCUAAAGAAAGAAAAGGAGAUGAAAGAGAAGGCCUUGCUAGAGUCGCUUCCUAUAAAGGUUUCCAGGUCUGACAACUGUGAAGACAAAGCGGAGAACAAAACUCCACAGAGGAAAAUGGAAAAGUCUCAGUAUGAACCUCUAGACCUGUCUGUGAGGCCAGACGUUCCAUCUCUUCCAGGUUCAUCCGUAACAGUCCAAGAUAACAUUGCUUGGCAUGGGUGCUUGUUUUGCUCAUUUACAACAUCAUCAAUGGAAUUGAUGGCCUUACAUCUCCAAGCUAACCAUUUAGGAAAAGCAAAGCGUAAAGACAGCUUAAUGGGUGGACAGGGGCACACAAAAGAUUCACUUAGGGAAUCCUUGGGUCCCGCAAAUAAAAUUGCUGCCUCGUCUUCUUCAGUUCAGUGCGGCAAAGAAAUGAUGUCAAAAUUGAGCCCAUUGCAGAAUUCUGAAAAAAAUCCAAACUCUAAAGAGACUUUAUCUGAUCAUAAAAGCACUUCCUGGUCCAGUCAUAUGGAUCCAGUGUUUAACAAUUUCCCCAGUGAAUUCUACAAGCAGUUUGGUGUAUAUCCUCACCCGCUUGGGUCAAAUGCUCAAAACUCUUGUUCUAACAUGGACAUUGAUUCUCAGUCUCCCCCAGAGGAUGAUGCACAUGCCUUGCAGUGCGAUUCAGUGAAUACAGUUGGUACUGAUGACCUCUCUGAUGAAUCCUCAUCCGAGGACAUGGAAAUGUGUAAAGAAGAUGAGAAUGAAGAUGAAGAAAUUGACACUGAACCCGAAAACAUGAACCCAGCUGAUGAACAGAACAAAGAAGACCAUGAAGAAAAAGAUCCUCUACUGAACUCAGCUGCUCUAAGACCUUCUGAAAACAUGGUUUCCUCAACACCGCAGAUGAUGGAAAAGCAGUGGCAUCCAAAUCUUCCAUUGCCCCACGAAACGCCACAAAGCUCUUUGCAACCUGACCAAGCAUCGGGUCCAGAUCCUUUGGAGAAGCAGGUUAAUAUGCUCUCUGUACUUCGAGCUUACAGCUCUGACAGCAUGGCUGCUUUUAACGGACUUGCAAGCAACACAACAAACAGUGGAUGUAUGAAGAGACCAGAUUUAUGUGGUCAAAGGCCUUUCCAAUGCAGAUACUGUCCAUACAGUGCCUCUCAGAAGGGAAAUCUGAAAACUCAUGUCCUCUGUGUCCAUCGGAUGCCUUUUGACAACAGUCAGUACCCGGACCGAAGGUUCAAGCGCUCCCGCAUUGACCUAGAGACUUCGGCCUAUCCUGAGGACCACCCGCCUGCCAAACUCGGCAGCUCGAUGCAGCCGCCGGCAGAAGGCAUUAAUUCCCUGGAGUAAUGCCCUCCAACCAACGCUCCUGUACAUUGCAAUAUCACUUUAACUAGUGUUCAAGGACUGUUUUAGACAUGGAACAAUUCCCAAGUCCAUUCAAUGGAGGGGAUACCUUGAAAGCGAGCAGUAGACUUUGAAUGUCUCUA